UUUGAAAAUUGAAGAACGAAUCAUCUAUAAACGUUCUUCAUUCGAAGAGCUUCUUGAAGUUCCGAGGAGUAGAGUUUAUUCAAAGUUGAAAAAUGAUGACUGGGAGUGACUGGCUCAGUUCGUGUUCGAAGGAGCAGACGAAGAUCUACCAGGAAUGGUUUAACUUGGCCGAUUCAGAUGGAGAUGGCCGUAUCACUGGUAAUGAUGCCACCAAGUUCUUCGCAAUGUCCAAUUUAUCUCGUUCUCAACUUAAACAGGUUUGGGCAAUCGCAGAUACCAAAAGACAAGGGUUCUUGGGUUUCACGGAGUUUGUUACCGCGAUGCAGCUUGUUGCCCUGGCUCAAACAGGAUAUGAACUGACCUCAGAUAUCCUUAAAAAUGAAAUUGACAAGGAAAAUAUUAAACCUCCAGUGAUGGAUGGAAUUGAUGCUUUGCUGGAAAGAACUAAGAGUUUAACGAUCAAAACCCAACCAGAAAUAAAUGGCGCAGCUCAGCCUCAACCGUUGCCACCUACUCUUCGGCUCGCGUCAAAAUCAAAAUCCUUAAAGAAGUUACCUCUCCAGUCAAUCACAUCUAUAAUUGAUGGUUUGAAGAGAUUGUACGUUGAGAGGCUUAAGCCACUGGAGGUCACUUACCGUUUUAAUGAUUUCGAGUCUCCCUUGUUGACCAAUAGCGAUUUUGAUGCUAAACCCAUGGUCAUGCUUCUUGGUCAAUAUUCCACCGGAAAAACAACAUUCAUAAAACAUUUGUUAAGAUGUGAUUAUCCAGGAGCGCACAUUGGACCCGAGCCUACAACUGACAGAUUUGUUGUUGUCAUGUCGGGACCUGAUGAGAGGAGUGUUCCUGGAAAUACCAUAGCUGUUGAUGCUGAUAUGCCUUUUAGUGGUUUAACAAAAUUUGGAGGAUCAUUCUUAUCAAAGUUCCAAUGUUCUCAGUUGCCACACCCACUUUUAGAUGAAAUCACAUUUGUGGACACCCCUGGUGUCCUAUCUGGUGAGAAACAAAGGACUCAACGAAGCUAUGAUUUCACUGGUGUUAUAUCCUGGUUUGCUGCAAAAUGUGAUCUCAUUCUUCUCCUAUUCGAUCCUCAUAAACUUGAUAUCAGUGACGAAUUUAAACGUGUAAUUUCGUCUUUACGUGGCCACGAUGACAAAAUUCGUGUGGUUUUGAAUAAAGCGGAUCAGGUCGAUACUCAACAACUCAUGAGAGUUUAUGGAGCAUUGAUGUGGUCUUUGGGUAAAGUCUUGAAUACUCCUGAAGUUACGCGUGUUUACAUUGGCUCAUUCAAUGAUAAGCCCAUAAAGGAAGGCUUCGCUGGCCCAUUUGGUGUAGAACUCUUUGAGAAGGAACAAAAUGAUCUACUUGCAGACUUGGUUGACGUUCCUAAAAAAGCUUGUGAUCGCCGGAUCAACGAAUUUGUGAAACGUGCUAGAGCUGCUAAGAUGCAUGCGUACAUUAUUAGUCAUCUAAAGAAAGAAAUGCCUGCGAUGAUGGGCAAAGCUAAGGCUCAACAAAGGCUUAUUGAUAAUCUUGAAGAUGAAUUUGGAAAGGUUCAAAGGGAGUUUCACCUACCUGCUGGCGACUUUCCGAACGUAGAGCAUUUCAGGGAGGUCCUGAAUGGAUACAGCAUUGACAAGUUUGAGAAACUAAAGCCUAAAAUGAUACAAGCUGUCGACGACAUGCUUGGAUAUGAGAUUCCUGAGCUUUUGAAGAAGUUUAGAAACCCUUAUGAUUGAAGAACGAGGAGCUUCCAGGCCAAAAAAAAAAAAAAAAGAACGAACGAGGAGCUGAGAAAUUGUGUCUUCAUUCGUGGCCUUUUUUGUCACUAAACUGUUUGAAUUUAUUCUUAGCAUGCAACCCAUCUCUAGGUUGUAUCGAAUGGUUGGAUUCAUUUAUAUUCGUGAUCUUGUGCCUAUACGUUGUUUGACGUAUCAGUUUGCCCUCUUUCUUUAA